GCUAAAAUAUUAUCCCAUUAGCUCUUUAGGCCCUUUAGGCCCAUUAGGUACUUUACCUAGGUACCUAACUCAGGCAAACUAGCGCGUCGACGCGCCUCUUUUGAACUUUUUCUCCCCAAGAGGCGGUUUCCCAUAGUCCACAUAGCUGUCGCAUCUCCUGUACCUUCCUAGCCUCACCAACAGCCCGCCAACUCAACAUCUCAAUCGUCAAUAUGGCAGCGUUUGAGAACUUCGAUAAUAUCUUCCUGGACUUAUCCAAAGAGUCUGGGAAGUGCCGAUUCGCAGAAAAUGGUCUCGGUUGGAAACCUUCUGCAGGCGGCAACACUUUCACCCUCGACCGCAGUGACAUCGCCAACGCGCAAUGGAGCCGUGCUGCAAAAGGCUACGAAGUUAAGAUUCUCAAGAGAUCCUCCGAGCUUGUCCAUCUCGACGGUUUCCAACAAGAGGAUCUAGAGCGCCUGAGCAAGAUAUUCAAGAACUGGUACAGCAUAAAUCUGGACCCUAAGGAACAUGCAUUGCGAGGCUGGAACUGGGGCAAGACUGAGUUUAGCAAGGCCGAGCUUGUCUUCAAUGUCCAGAACAAGCCUUCCUUCGAAAUUCCCUACUCCGAGAUUUCAAACACCAAUCUUGCUGGCCGUAACGAAGUAUCCGUCGAAUUCGCCGCAUCGAACGAGGAUGAUACGGGCACGAACGGACACCUAGGUGGUGCGCGAGGUCGCGGCAAGAAAUCCGGUGCGGGCAAAGACCAGCUCGUAGAGAUGCGCUUCUAUAUUCCCGGCACUACCACUCGUAAAGAGACAGAAGGAGAGGAAGCAGGAAGCGGCGCCGAAGAGGAGAAGAAUGCAGCGACUCUAUUCUACGAGACACUCAUGGACAAGGCCGAGAUCGGCGAGACCGCAGGUGAUGCGAUCGCUACUUUCUUGGAAGUUCUGCACCUUACGCCACGCGGACGGUUCGAUAUCGACAUGUAUGAAGCGUCGUUUCGCCUCCGCGGCAAGACGUACGACUACAAGAUACAGUAUGAGGCUAUCAAGAAGUUUAUGGUCCUUCCGAAGCCAGACGAUCUGCAUUUCAUGCUGUGUAUCGGGCUAGAUCCACCUCUCCGCCAGGGACAGACGAGGUACCCGUUCAUAGUCAUGCAGGCCAAGAAGGAUGAGGAAGUGACUAUCGAUCUCAACCUCACCGAGGAGCAGCUGAAUGAGCAGUACAAAGAUCGUCUACAACCUCACUACGAACAACCGCUACACCAGGUUAUUACCUAUAUUUUCAAAGGCCUCGCCAACAAGAAGAUCACCUCUCCGGCCAAGGAUUUCAUGACGCACAGAAACCAGUUCGGCAUCAAGUGCUCAAUCAAAGCGGCGGAAGGAUUUUUGUACUGCCUCGAGAAAGCCUUCAUGUUUGUACCGAAGCCCGCAACUUAUGUGUCAUAUGACCAAACGUCUUCCAUUGUUUUCUCCCGUGUUAGUGGCGCGGUCUCCGCAUUAUCAACUUUCGAUAUUGCGGUUCACAUGAAGAGCGGUGGGGCGCCUCAUCAGUUCAGCAAUAUUAAUAGAGAAGAUCUGAAGGCGCUCGAAGGAUUCUUCAAACUCAAAGGCCUACGUGUGAAGAAUGAGAUCGAUGAGGAUGCUAAUUUACUUGCUGCUGCCCUUCGCCAGGAAGUCAUGGAUGAAUCCGAAGAGGAAGUGGUCGGUCCUCGAGCGGACCGUGGUUCCGCUGAUGAAGACGAGGAGAGUGUAGAUGAGGACUUCCAAGCCGAAAGCGAGAGCGAUGUCGCCGAGGAAUACGAUUCGGCUCACGAAUCGUCCGGCUCGGGAAGUGCGGAGAGCGACGUUGAUGGUGGGGAGGACCGAAAUGAGAAUGAGGACGAAGAAAUGGCAGACGAGGAUGAGGAAAAGAAGCCCAAGGCCAAGAAACAGAAAACCGGGAAAUAAGGACAAACCUCUCCCCCGUGUCUAAUCGACCCGGCGUAGACUAAGUUUUCAUCGUUGAGUGGUUCAAGGGUAGGGUCUAGCGGCAACGGCGUUACGGAGGCUCUGAUAGCUUUGCUCAGGCACAAUCGUUGCACUUUAUUUUUUCUCGUACAGCUUGCGGAUUUCGUACGAAGCACGUGGCUGACCCAACAGUCUUGUAUUGAGCAUAGCAUAUAGGAACAGGCACAUCGAAGUAGUGCUUCAUUGGACCUAUACAGCCAAUAAUGAUACCAUACGAUAGGCCUUGUAGGCACCUUCAUAGAUCAAUUCAUAUAUCAUGAAUUUCAGUACACGGCACUCGAGCAUCAGGGAUCCCAUUAAGGACUAUAUUCGGGUUAGUGAGUGUAAG